AUGCGUUGGACAAAAUCCAUGAACGAAAACGCAUUGCGGGCGUACUAUAGGGCGAAAGGGGAAGAAACUGUGGGAAUAGCGUAUAGGUCUCGGAUGCAUUGCUUUUUUGCUGAGCUGGAGCCGUCUAUCCCCGUCACGGAACAAAACCUGGCAGACCGAGUUCGGUACAUCAUGCGCUCGAAAAUAUUUGAUGAUGCCGAACUCGAACGACUACGACGUGAGGCUAUUCCGUCGUCGAAUGAAUCGGCUAUGGCUGGAGAUGCAGCUCCACAUUCGACAGACCAGCAUCCACACGUGGAAGCCGCCAUGGAUCUUCCUGUUGUGGUUGAUUCGAACGACGACGAAAUAGUCUCCCACGAACUAGAGCAAAUGAGGAGUAUAUUGGAAGAGGCGAUUUUGGAAACGCGCAGCACCCCUCUCGAAAAUCGACCGCGACUUCCCCGCAUACCCCUAAGCAAGCGAAAUCGGGCUGUCGUGAGGGCUCUUAACCCAAUGCUGGUGACCUAUUUGGAAGCCAGCCGGGACCUUUGCGAGACGGACUCAAUUCUUUUUGGCGCCGCACUGGCAGUCUGCCGUAUUAUAGGCGCCAAACUUUCCACGGCUGGACGCGCUAAUUGA